AGCGGAUAAACCUUUACAGACACACUGAAGCGGCUCUUCUGGCAGCUUUCUGAGAAGAAGUGUAGCUGACGUUGUUGAUUUAAAACAGAACAUGAAUGAAGAAGAGCUGGUGGAGUACUUCAGGGCUCAGAUGAGCAGAGACCCAGACAUGGCCUCUGCUGUGGCCGCGAUCCGCACUCUGCUGGAGUUCCUCAAGAGAGACAAAGGUGAAACGAUCCUGGGCCUGAGGGAGAGCCUGACGGGGGCCACAGACCGCCUGACAGGAGUGGACUCCUCUGUGGCUGUGUCCUCAGGAGGAGAGCUCUUCCUGCGCUUCAUAAGUCUCACAUCGCUGGAGCACGAGUUCCUCUGUCAGGAUCUGUCUCGCUGUAAGAAGGUGAUGGAGGAGAGAGGGGAACUUUUUCUAGAGAAGAUCUCAAUGUCCAGGACCAAAGUGGCUAAGCUCUGUCACACCUUCAUCAAAGACGGCGCUAAAAUCCUGACUCACUCGUACUCCAGAGUCGUCCUCCGGGUGCUGGAAAAGGCUGCAGCUGAGAAGAAGCGCUUCUCUGUCUAUGUGACUGAAUCGCAGCCGGACUCGGCCGGGCGACAGAUGGCAGACGCCCUGAGAAAACUCAAUGUUCCAGUGACAGUAGUCCUGGAUGCAGCUGUGGGGUAUGUCUUGGAGAAAGUAGAUCUAGUUAUUGUCGGUGCAGAGGGAGUCGUUGAGAGCGGAGGAAUCAUCAACAAGAUCGGCACUUAUCAGACGGCCGUGUGCUCCAAAGCGCACAACAAGCCCUUCUACGUCGUGGCAGAGAGUUUCAAAUUCGUCCGCCUCUAUCCGCUCAACCAACAGGACGUGCCUGAUAAAUUUAAGUACAAAGCAGACACGCUGAAGACGGUCCAGAACCUGUCGGAGGAGCAUCCCAUGAUCGACUACACGCCUCCCUCCCUCAUCACCCUCCUCUUCACUGACCUGGGAGUCCUCACCCCGUCUGCUGUCAGCGACGAACUCAUCAAGCUCUAUUUAUAACUCAAUAAAAUCAUCAAAGGGUGAACAAA